CCGAGCCGCCACUGGGCGCCGGGCGGGUGGGGGGACUCCCUUCGGCGGGCGGGGGCCGGGGGGCGGGCCGCGCCGAGCCGAGAAAAGCGCCGGCCGGAGGGCCCGCGUCUGGGCCGCCUGGGUGAGCGCGCCGAGGCGGCUGCGGUGCAGGCUUCCAGCCCCCACCAUGCCGUGGCCCCUGCUGCUGUUGCUAGCUGUGAGUGGGGCCCAAACAACCCGGCCGUGCUUCCCUGGAUGCCAAUGCGACGUGGAGACCUUUGGCCUCUUCGACAGCUUCAGCCUGACCCGCGUGGAUUGCAGUGGCCUGGGCCCCCACAUCAUGCCCGUGCCCAUCCCCCUGGACACAGCCCACCUGGACCUGUCCUCCAACCGACUGGAAACUGUGAAUGAGUCGGUGCUGGCCGGGCCAGGCUACACCACUCUGGCAGGUCUGGACCUCAGCCACAACCUGCUCACCAGCAUCUCGCCCACUGCCUUCUCCCGCCUUCGCUACCUGGAAUCGCUUGACAUCAGCCACAAUGGCUUGGCAGCCCUGCCGACAGAGAGCUUCACCAGCUCACCCCUGAGCGACGUGAAUCUCAGCCACAACCGGCUCCGGGAGGUCUCGGUGUCCGCCUUCACGACCCACAGUCAGGGCCGGGCACUGCACGUGGACCUCUCGCACAACCUCCUCCACCGCCUGACACCCCACUCUGCAGGGGCCGGCCCUCCCGCGCCCACCAUCCAGAGCCUGAACCUGGCCUGGAACCGGCUCCACUCCGUUCCAGACCUCCGGGACCUGCCCCUCCGCUACCUGAGCCUGGAUGGGAACCCACUGGCUGUUGUUGGCCCAGGCGCCUUCCGGGGGCUGGCAGGCCUGACGCACCUGUCACUGGGCAGCCUACAGGGUCUCCCGCAGCUGGCACCCUAUGGCUUCCAGGAGCUGCAGAGUUUGCAGGUCUUGGACCUUUCGGGCAACCCGAAGCUCACAUGGGCGGGAGCUGAGGUCUUCUCGGGCCUGGGCUCCCUGCAGGAGCUGGACCUGUCAGGCACGGGCCUGGUGCCUCUGCCGGAGCCACUGCUACUCCACCUGCCCGCCCUGCAGAGCAUCAGCGUGGGCCAGGCCAUGCGGUGCCGGCGGCUGGUGCGCGAGGGCGCCUACCCCCGGCAGCCAGGCUCCAGCCCCAAGGUGGCCCUGCACUGCGUAGACACCCAGGAACCGGCUGCUAAGGGCCCCGACGCUUUGUGACAAAUGGUGUUGCCUGGGGACACAUAACAGACUGCCGCUCUGGGCUCCCUAGGGUCCUGGGUAACUUAUAAUUUUGUGUGCCAAUGCCAGGGAGUGGGGGGACCCUGCCGGCCUCUGGGGCAGCAGCAUCGGAAGAGAGCUGUGGGCCGAGGGAGAGGCUUUGGAGUGGGCCCAGCACCCAGAAGCAAAGUCUGGUCACUCUUUCCAUGUUGUCCUCCAAACCAUAACUAGGUCUUCGAUGCCAAACCAGACAGCAGUCCCUUGCUGUCCUUCCCCACUUGUCACCAAAGUGCCUUCCCUCAGGCCUGGGCCAACCUGAUCCGUGACAAGAGGAGGGUGGAAGGGAGCUCCUUCUGCAGGGUGGAGGUCAGGCCCAUGGCUGAGCAUCCCCUGGGGCCCCCGGUUCAGUCACUCAGGGGCAUGGGCUGCUUUUACGAGAUAGCCCCCCUCUUCGCUCUGGGCACAUGAGGCCCAUCUGAUCCUUUUCUUUUCCUCUAGGACCCUGGGUAGAACCUUAGUCAUGGAAGGGACUAGAGAAAAAAUCAAGUGCACCUCCUCAAGGUGACAGAUGAGGUCUGGAGAAGGAACAUGGCUAAUCAGAGGUACUACGACAAAGGCAUGGCUGGCCCCAGAGCCCUGCCUCCCAGCGAGGCCCUUUGCACUUUUCUGUCUUCUCUAAAUCAUGCCCUCUGUCCCCUUCCUGGGCUCCGCCAUCCAGCCAUGUGUGCCCUUUCCCUGUCAUUCCCAGGACAGGCAAGGGCCUCAGAAGUGGGCCUCUGGGCCCUGUAACCAGCCAUGUGGCACAGGUUCAGUCAGCUCUCCGCGGAGCCUCUGGAAACAUGAGACAUGCCAGUCCCAACCCUACCAGUGUCCCACUCUGGCAUGGGGUCCCGCAGCAACUGGAAAUUCAUCCAUUGAGCCCUGACGCAUACCACCUCUAAUGGACUCGGCAAGGAGUCCAUGCAGUCCCGGAAACCCCCAGGAGCCUCCCGGAUUCAGCCCCCACUGACCCUGAGCCCCAUGGCCUGUUUCCCCCAUCCAUCAGGAGGCAGGUACCCCCAUCAGAGUUCAUGCUGUCCACCCCAGGUGGCGUCUGAGCUCCCCAGCCCUGGGCUCUGUCCUUAGUCUUUAUUUUAUAAAAGUUGUUGUCUUUGUAAUGGCCUGUCACUUCAACCCCCCAACCUCCCCACCCCUGCCGGCAGGGGAUGGAAAUGUGUCAUUUGUAAAAAGAAGAAAAGCACUGCAUUUGUUCACUUUUGUAAUACUGUGUCCUGGGGAUGCUUUGAGGGAGGAGGUGUUUGGUGGUAGCCAAGAGUAUUGGCCCAUUGGGCCUCGGGGGGCUGGUCUCACAGAGAUGCCCACAGAACAAUGAGAGCUCUGUCCUCUCCCACCAGCCCUAUCCUGCACCUAACUGGUCCUUGAUUGAAUAAACACUAUAAAGUGUC